UAACUUCAAUUGCUCGAGCUGUCGGCUACACAUUCUCUCUUCUGCAAUCCCUUUAUCCUUCUAAUCUUCUUCUAUUAUUAUCUCAUUCAAUAUCGAAUCCAUCAGAUAUCGGGUUUUUCAGUAUUUUCAUCCACUAUCGAAUAAUCCGCUGAUGCAACUCCUUUUCCCCAUUUAUAUUAUUAUUAUUAUUAUUAUCAUCGUCGGCGACAGAUCUAUCACCGGCGACGGCGACGGCGACGGCGACAUCUCAAGGUAACCUUGAUGGGAACUAGAGGAGUUAUCGGGGAUAAAUGGUCCAUGAGGAUUCUCUGGGUCUGUGCCAUUGGAAGCGCAAUCGGCCUAUACAUGGUUGCUGCAGAAAGGCAAGCCCAGAACCGGGAGCAAAUGUUGGCUGAAUCACUAAAAGAAUCGGGUCCUGAUGAGGGAGAAGAAGUUUAACUAUCAAAACGUGGGUAUACAAGUUCUUUGAUCUGUGGUUUUGUCUGUUUCAUGGUUGUUUGGAGCUCCUCUUCAACUCAGAUAUACAAUGUCUUUAGGCUUUGGAUGUCUUGCUAGUAAUGAUUCAAUGCUGCUAAUAGGGAAAAAUCAGGAUUCUAUUAGCUAGACCCAUUGUCUUAAGGCGUAGUAAAAUAAAAUACUUGUACUGGUAGCUAACGGUUGGAUUUGAUUUGGUGUGGCCGUUAUUUGGGUGGCUAUUUGUCA